UGCGAAUGAUCCCAUAGUGUUUACAAUUGAAAUAUUCUUUAAAUUUUCUCUAAAACUAUCAAAACAACUUAAUUAAGCUACAAAAAGCCUUAAUCUAUAACUUAAUUCAAAGAAAUUGAGAUCCAGUGAAUCAUCAACUAUGGAAGCCUUAGAUUUAUUAGAAAAACGAAUUGAUGCUCUUACCAAUGUACUUGGCAUAGACAGCAACAACGAAGAGAAUAGAUUUACAGAGAAUCUUACAGAUUCAAUUGUGUCUGCAAAUACUUUAAUCACUUCCGCGACUAGUGGAAGAGAGAAAGUAGGUGAAAUGAUGAAAAGAACUAAGGAACUAGAGACUCUUCUAGAUCCAGACUAUCUAAACGAUCAACAAAGUAUUAAAAUGAAAGAAGCAUAUAUCAAUACAGUCGCAAAUGAUCUUGCAUCUAAUUUUGAGAUGCUCCAGAAAAUCAAGUCAUUCGAAACGACACUUGGUGCUGAAUACUUUAGCAACAUUCCUGAUGUCUCACCAAAAGUAAGAGACAUGAACGAAGCAUUAUCAACAAGUCAACAACAGAAUGAAUUAAUUGAAGAGAGUUUAACGCUGUCCAUGCAAAGAUACAGUGAGAUCCAGUCAAACUUAAGAGAUUCAUUACAGCAACUCAACAGUCGUCUAGAUAAAUUCGAAGACAAGGUUGAGAGCAUUAAGAAGAAGGCAAUAAGCGAAUAAGGUCAAUAAUAUUCAAUUUAUUUAUAUCCAAUUACUCAUACAUAUUCCUCUCUGGAAAUAAAUCUCUUACUCUUCCUUAAUAUUUAUUGCUGCUGAAAUAAAAUAAUUCAUGCUGGUCAAAAUA